AAGAGAGACAGUUCACACAGCAAGAGAGUAAGAGUGACACACACGCAGCCGGAGAGGAGAGAAGUAAGAGGGGAAAAGUACAGGAGAAGAAGACGAGGUAUAUUCCACCGAUAUGGCCUUGCGGGAUGAACUUUUAAAGUCCAUUUGGCAUGCCUUCACAGCUCUGGAUGUGGACAAAAGCGGGAAAGUCUCUAAAUCUCAGCUGAAGGUGCUGUCCCACAACUUAUGUACAGUCAUGAACAUUCCCCAUGACCCGGUGGCUCUGGAGGAGCACUUCAAAGAUGAUGACGAGGGUCCUGUCUCCAACCAGGGAUACAUGCCUUACCUGAACAAGUUCAUUCUGGAUAAGGUGAAGGAUAACUUUAACCGUCAGGACUUCAACAAAAUGUGCUGGACGUUGUCGUAUAGGAAGAACAUGGAGCAGAAUGAGCUGAAGAUCUGUAACGAUGACGCCUUCAAGAUCUGGUGCAUCUUCAACUUCCUGUCUGAAGACAGAUACCCCCUGAUCAUCGUCACUGAGGAGAUUGAGUACUUCUUGCGUAAGUUGACAGAGGCGAUGGGGGGAAGCUGGGUGGAGGAGCGCUUCGAGGACUAUAAGCUGCAGCUGAACUCGAAGCAGCAGUGUCUGAAUGCAUGGGAGCUCAUCAGCCUAGUUGGGUCGGGUCACUUCAGUAAGGGCAUGGACCAUCAGACGCUCUCAAUGGGAAUCGGUGAAGUCUACCAGGAACUCAUUCUCGACGUGCUCAAACAGGGCUAUAUGAUGAAGAAAGGGCACAAGAGAAAGAACUGGACGGAGCGCUGGUUUGUGCUGAAGCCAAACACAAUCUCAUACUAUGUUGGUGAAGACUUGGCUGAAAAGAAAGGAGACGUCCUGUUGGAUGGAAACUGCAGUGUGGAGCAUUUACAAGAUAAAGAGGGAAAGAAGUGCCUCUUUCUCAUCAAGUCAUCACAAAAAAGCUUUGAAAUCAGUGCAUCAGACAAGAAGAAGAAGCAGGAGUGGAUCCAAGCUGUUCAGAACUGCGUGACUCUGCUGCGUCAGGGCAGACCAGCGCCGCACCGCGAGGCUCGACAGAAGCGCAGAGAGCUGCGGCUGAAACAGCAGGCUGAACAGGAAGAACUGGAGCUGAGGAUGAGGGAGCUACAGAUAGCCAAUGAGGCCAAGCAGCAUGAACUGGAAAAUAUGAGGAAGGCUCUGGAGGAGGCAGCAGCUGACGCAGCAGAAGAAGAAAAAAGACGCCUUCAGACCCAAACUGAGCUCCAGGACCGUUACAGGAGGGACCUGGAGAGAGAGAAACUGGUGCGGCAGCAGAUUGAGAAAAACCUGGCUGAGAAGUCCACUGAGCUGGAGCAGUACCUGCAGAGGGUCCAUGAGCUGGAAGACAUGUAUCGCCAACUGGAGCACGCUUUGGAAGACGAGAGACGUGCCAGACAGGAUGAGGAAAUCAUCCGUAAGCUGCAGACACGAUUACUGGAGGAGGAGGCCAAGAAGAGAGCAGAGUUGGAGCAGAUCCAUUUGCAGCAGAAGCAGGCCAUCUCCGUCACGGUGGCUGAGAAAGAGGAACUGGAGAAGGAGCGUCUGGCCAAGGAGAGCGCCCUGCAAGCUGCAAUGAAGCAGCUGGAGCAGCUGGAGCUGGAGAGGCAGGGGGCGCUGGAGCAGUAUGAGACGGUAAAGAAGAAGCUGGAAACUGCGACCAACAACACCAAGACCUGGAAGCACAAAGUGGCUGAACAUGAGGGCUUGUUACGGCUCAUUCAACCAGGUGCCAAGGGGCAGCAGAAUAUCACAAACUGGGGCCCUGCAGCCUUUUCUGAAGCAGAGCUCAGUCUGAGGGAGAAACAAUGGCAGGAGACGAAGAACCAGGCAACUUAAGCUCAGUAAAGCUGUUGUAAACCAUUAUCAUAACCUUAAACAUGUUUAACUAACAAGGGAAAGAUGAGACAGGCCUGCUGGGAUGUACUGGAACGUCUCUGAUGAAGCGUAUCUUUGCCGGGAUGAAAAGGCAUUUUAUAAUAAGGUGGCAUUAACUAAUCAAUAAAUCUCACGUUACCCUGUAGGAAGCACAGUUAGAACUGAUAAACUUGGCUCUAUGUUAGUGUUGGCCACCAUUGAUUAUCUCUAAAACCACCAACAAGAAAAAGUCACCUCAUAAUUUAGGGAACGGGAUUUAAAAUGAUAAUUAUUGCAAAAUAACUUUUCCUCAGUAGAAAUAUGAGAGAUAAUCAGCACAAAAUCAAUAGAAGGCAUUCGGUUUAUAUUUUUACACACAGCGUGACAGUGACAAUGGGAGUAGUGCCAAACCGAACCAGUGACUAUGACAACAAACGCGGACCACGGCUCAAAAGACGAAGACGUUGUUGAACAGAGGGAUCCAAAGAAUUCGGUAUUGUGGAGAUUUGUAGCUGUCCAACAUAGGAGUGGAAUAUCAUACACUGCACAUACGUGCCUUUAUGUGAAAGCAUGUUUCAACAAAGCCACGUAACACCACAAAAUUGUUUUUGCCGUCCUUGCAAAGUGCAAAACUGACAGUUUCUCUGCAAGAUUUUACAGUGUACAUUUUAUUGUAAAAGAAAUGAUGGCAGUAAGGACAGUGGCUGAUUAAAGUAACUGACCCUCCUUAGCAACUCCCUCGCCGGAAGCGUUUCUCUCAGAUAAGUGCAGGCACGUGUCGGACAUGCGAUCCACACGAGUGCAGUUUUACCAAAAUGUCAGCAAAACCCACAUCAAACCACAGACAUCCACAGAUUAUGUGUAAUGGUGAGAAAUGUCACAGGGAAAAAGUAUUGAACACAUGAAGAAAGCGAGGCGCAAAAAGGAAUGGAAAGUCAUGACACCAGCUGAAAUCUAUCAGUAAUUAGAAAAUAAUCCUGACGCUUAGUGCAAAUUAAUGUCAGCUGGUUCAGUCCAAACCAGCAGCUUAUAAAAAGGUGACUCAUUACCAAUGUGUCACAGAAGAGACUUCUCAUGAUGGGUAAGACUAAUGAGCUCUCUCAAGACCUUCACAACCUUAUUGUUGGAAAGCAUGCUGAUGGCACCAGUUACAGAAUUUCUAAAAUACUGAAGAUUCCAUUGAGCACUGUUGGGGCCAUAAUCCAGAGGUGAAAAGAACAUUUUUCACCAUAAGCCGACCACAACCAGGUGCUCCCCGCAAGAUUUCAGACAGAGGAGUGGAAAGAAUUGUCAGAGUUGUCCCAGAGCCAAGGAGCACUUGUGGAGAGCUACAGAAAGACCUGGAAUCAGCAGAAGGCACUGCACAUCACCCCCAAAACACCAUACCAACAGUGAAGGUUGGAGGUGGGAUCAUCAUGUGUGGGGCUGUUUUUCAGCAUACAACACCGGCACACUUCAUAUUAUUGAAAGAAGGAUUAAUUGAAAAAUGUACUGAGACAUUCCUGAUAUAAAUUAGCUGCCAUCUACCAGGAUGAUGACGAUGAAACGCUUCAGCAAGAUGAUGUUCCCAAACACGCAGCCAAGGAAACUCUCGAUUGGUUUCAGCGAAAGAAAAUACAGCUGUAAGAAUGGCUCAGCCAAUCAUCUGACCUGAAUCCAACUGGAAAUGUAUGGAAAGAACCAAAUUUCAGAGUUUAUAGAAGAGAGGUGUGGAAUCAGGAUUUGAUGUUUGUGUGGAAGACUGGGCCAAAAUCACACAUGAGCAAUUUUGAAGCUGUUGUCACCAACACAGGCUUUUGUACCAAGUAUUAAACGACUCAAUAUCAAAUGUAUAAAUUAUUAAAUUAUAUAAAUUAAUUAUUAAUUAUAUAAAUUAAUUUAAAAAAAUUGUUCAAUACUUUUCCACUGUGUCAUUUGGCUCGGAUGGGUUGUUACAGGCAUCUGGAGAUUUCAUGUCAAUGGGACCUUUAGAGAUAAUUGGUGAUGUAUUCAAUACUUUACCUGCUGUAUACAGAAGGUUUGUUGGGUUUUUGCCUAUAAAACUUUCUUGCAGUUAUUUGCAAACCAUUUAAAACUGUAAGAAUCGGCAGGAUCCUUGUGAUUUCAUUUUUUAUCAAUAUCUACAUUAUUGUUUCUCGAACUGACCAUAACCAUAACUUAGUUUUCCAUUUUGUGUUCAUGUGUAACACAUCCGGCAUCUGUACGAUGAUUGUGGAAGGUGACUUUGAGCUGUAGGACCAAUGGGAACCUUACUAGUUACCUUUAUACAAAGUUAAUAAAGAGUGGAGUACUUAGAAGUUAACAGUGGUCAGUGCCUGCUGUCUGUAAAGGCAGACCAUAGUCAAAAUAGACCUGAGCCAACAAUAUACAUGAUUUGAAAUUGGUUUUAAGACAUUCAGCUUUAUUAAAAACACAAAAAAGAAAACUGUUCUGUUUUAACAGGUUUCAUGGAUGGAGAACUGUAAAGUAAUAUGGCCAUUUCAGGCAGCUAAUCUGUGUUUUUGGUUUGACUCUAGGAAGAACAAACUAUUCAUGUAAAACUUGUUUUUGGUCAAAUAUGGUCCCCCGGUAUAAUUUUUUUUUUUUCUUUCCUGAAUCUCUGCAAUGGAGGUGGAGAGUAUAAAUUUAGCAUGACCCACAAAAACACAAUAACCUCAGUGACAGGAAAUACACAAGGAUGAAACACAAUGAAACUAGCCUUUAAGCCACGAGUAUAAACAAUGUGCACACCAGUGCUUUGCACUGUUUUUCUUCUUCCAGUUUGUCUCGACUGUGUCCAUGAUAUGCACUACUUUUGAUCAGAGUCUGACCCGUCUAACAAGAAUUAGCCAAAGUGUAUUUUAGGUUCUUUGUUUUAAUCCUUUUAAAGAAGCAGAAACUACUAAAACUGCUAAAAACUACUCUACAAACUAGCCUCCUUAAGAUCAUUUUUACAUUGAAAUGUAAGUGUUUGUACAUAUUUAGUCGACUUUAUGUUUUAACAAUGUUACCUUCAAAAGAAUGUAAACUAUCAUGUACAAUUCACUAAAUGUUUUAUUGUCAAAGAGCUGUUUUCAAUACUUUGUUUCAUCAAGAUUUCUAAGUGACUCUGGAACAUUUCUUGUUCUGUCUUGUCCUGAAUAUUGUUAGCAGGAUUAUUUUACUGAAGUCUAACUCCCAGCACAGAUGCUAACGGCAGAAAGUUUAGAACAACCAGUGACUUUGAUACUGUAAAAAUUCAAAAUUGUGAUUUUCUUUUUUUUUUUUUUUUUUUUUAAUAUAUAUAUGUAAAAAGCUCGAAACUGAACCAUAUAAUAAAUCACAUCUUGAA